CGCUGCAAUGACUACAGCAAGAUAUAGGCCUACCUGGGACUUGGUACUUGACCCUUUGGUGUCCUGUAAACUCUGUCUUGGCGAGUAUCCUGUGGAACAGAUGACGACAAUAGCGCAAUGCCAGUGCAUCUUCUGUACUCUGUGCCUGAAGCAGUAUGUAGAGCUUCUGAUCAGAGAAGGUCUGGAAACAGCAAUUAGUUGCCCAGAUGCUGCCUGCCCAAAGCGAGGUCAUCUACAAGAAAAUGAGAUUGAGUGUAUGGUUGCGUCAGAAAUCAUGCAAAGGUAUAAGAAGCUACAGUUUGAAAGAGAAGUGCUUUUGGACCCAUGUCGGACUUGGUGUCCCUCUUCUACAUGCCAGGCAGUUUGCCAACUACAAGAAUCGGGGCCUAAGAAUCCCCAGUUGGUCCAAUGCAAAGCUUGUGAUAUAGAAUUUUGCUCUGCUUGCAAAUCUAACUGGCAUCCAGGACAAGGCUGUCAGGAGAAUAUGCCAAUUUCCUUCCUUCCAGGAGAAACAAGUUCUGUUUUCAAAAUGGAAGAAGAUGAUGCUCCAAUCAAACGCUGUCCAAAGUGCAAAGUUUAUAUUGAGCGAGAUGAAGGUUGUGCCCAAAUGAUGUGUAAAAACUGCAAACAUGCCUUUUGCUGGUACUGUCUGGAAUCUCUUGACGAUGAUUUCCUCCUUAUACAUUAUGAUAAAGGACCUUGUCGAAACAAGUUAGGUCAUUCCAGGGCAUCUGUUAUUUGGCACAGAACACAGGUGGUGGGAAUCUUUGCAGGAUUUGGUCUACUGCUGUUGGUGGCCUCACCUUUCCUUUUACUUGCUACCCCAUUUGUUCUUUGCUGCAAGUGCAAGUGUAAUAAAGGAGAUGAUGACCCACUACCUACUUAGAUCAAGAGAAAAUGGGACUCAUGGCAGCACAUUUUUUGUUUCCCUGUUGCACUCUAUGUUGCUGUAGCCUUUCUUGCCCCAUCCUGCUUUUGAGUGACACAUGGAGUUGGCAACUCCAGGAACAGUUGUUACUACAGUUUCAUAGACCAAUUCAUAAUAGUUGAGGAGGAGAAUAGAAGGCAAGUUGGAUGUUUAGGGGAUGUCAACAACCAAGAUAGAUAUCUGAAAUUAAGAGAUGGAGAUAUUGGUUUCUUGUUACCCCAGCAAGUUACCAUGUGGGACUAGGAAUUGUGCUAAGUUACAUCAGCAAAAGAACCUGAAUUUUCCAUGCAAUUUUCACAUGUCCACAUGCUUUAAAAUGGUGUCUUAUUUCUACAUAUAUUUAUGUUGCCUAUCAUUUAAAUUGGGCAGUUCAUCUGACAUGUUUGUUAUGACCAUGUUUUUAUGAAUAUUGCCAUUGCAAAAUUCUGUGCUGGUGUAUAUUUUUCCAAGGAUAAUGAAAUCAGUAAGGUGCAUGUAGGCCAUCAUAUGCC